GCGCAUUUAUUUUUUUGCUCAUUGUUCAGUGGAACCUUGUUGGAGAAAGUGUUUGGAGAAUUGCGACCGAUAAUUAUUACGCGAAAAGACCCUGUUUUAAAGUGAAAUUGUAUAGUGUUUUAAACUUCCACUUAAUUGUGUUGGGAUGAAAUAGAGGAUUACCCAAAAGUGAGCUUCGGAACAUUAUCAUGAAAAUGGUUCUAUCUCAACGCCAGCGAGAGGAGCUUAACAAAGCCAUCGCUGAUUAUCUAAGCAGUAGCGGUUACUCCGAAGCCCUAGAUGCUUUCAAAAAGGAAGCCGACAUGCCUGGCGAGGUGGAAAGAAAGUUUGGAGGACUUUUAGAGAAAAAAUGGACCUCCGUUAUACGUCUCCAGAGAAAAGUAAUGGAGCUGGAAUCAAAGCUCAACCAGGCCGAAAAAGAGUACAUUGAUGGAGCGCCUUCGCGAAACAAACGCACCCCUGCCGAAUGGAUUCCUAGGCCUCCGGAAAAAUUUUGUUUGACUGGUCAUAGAGCACCAGUCACUCGUGUCAUAUUUCAUCCAGUGUUCAGCCUCAUGGUCUCAGCUAGCGAGGACGCCAGCAUGAAAGUCUGGGACUUUGAAACAGGGGAAUACGAACGGACGCUCAAGGGUCACACAGACCCCAUACAAGACAUCUCUUUCGAUUCUACCGGAAAGUUACUGGUAUCCUGCAGCUCAGACAUGAGCAUCAAGCUGUGGGACUUUCAGCAAAGUUUCGAGUGCAUCCGCACCAUGUUGGGCCACGAUCACACCGUUUCCAGUGUGGCGUUUAUGCCUACCGGCGAUUUCGUCAUCUCUUGCAGCAGAGACAAGACUAUUAAGAUGUGGGAAGUGUCAACGGGCUAUUGCGUCAGAACUUAUACCGGACACAGAGAAUGGGUACGAAUGGUUCGACCAUCGCCCGACGGCAGCCUAUUGGCCAGUUGUUCUAGCGAUCAAACAGUCAGGAUUUGGACUACGGCCUCAAAGGAGUGUAGAAUGGAGCUGCGCGCCCACGAACACGUGGUAGAAUGUAUUGCGUGGGCUCCUGAUGCCGCAGCCAGCGCCAUCAAUGAAGCGGCGGGCGCCGACAAUAAGAAAGGCGCCCACAUGGGUCCUUUCCUUGCUUCUGGUUCCAGAGAUAAAACGAUUAGAAUAUGGGAUGUUGGUGCUGGUAUCGCCUUGUUCCUCCUCACCGCUCACGAUAACUGGGUGCGAGGCGUUGUUUUUCAUCCGGGCGGCAAGUACCUAGUCUCAGCUAGCGACGACAAAACCCUCCGAGUUUGGGAUCUGAGGAAUAAGCGCAACAUGAAAACUUUAGAAGCUCACAAACACUUCUGCACAUCCGUAGAUUUUCAUAAGUCACACCCGUACGUGAUUUCCGGUGGCGUGGAUCAGACAGUUAAAGUGUGGGAAUGUCGUUAAGAAGCAAUUGGCAAUUGGUAAAAAAUUGAAGCAGUACCAUGCAGGUGUUAGUGAUAAAAGGAAGAGAGAGAAGUGAUUUUUUAUGGCAGUCACUACCACUUACUUUUUCUGUGCAUAGUAAAUUAUUUUCUUAGUUACUUUUAAGUUGAAAAUUUUAUUCAAAAACAGUGUGUUUCUAUUAGGCCCCCUAUAACAUAGUUGCAUGUAUCAUUUCUUUAUGUGGCAACUGGUCUGAUACAUUUUUAAAUUAAAUUAGUAUAGAUGCUUCCAGCGCAAUUUCUUAGUCUUGUAGGAAUUUUUAAAAUAAUCUUGAGGGCUUUUAAAACAUUCCAGGUCAAAAUCGUCCCUCUCUGUAACACAUAAAAAUCAAUAUAGGCCAUUUAUCUAAUAUUUAUAUAAUAUAGCACAGCUAAAAAUCUAUCCCAGCGUGUCCAGUGAAUGAAACAUCCCUAUAUUAUUUGUUUUUUUUUUUGUUAAUAUCCAGGAUAUAUGUAUAUAAAGAUUUGUUAUAAUGUUUAAGAAAUAUUACUAAAUACUCUUUAAAUAAAUAAUAACAGUGUGUUUUUUGCCUGACUUAGAUAUUCAAAAUAAAAAUGCGUUUUUCAAUAGAAAAUAUUUAUUUUUUUAUUUUUGCAAAAUAAUUGUCGCUUGAAUUUGAAUGGUGAAUGAAACAUGAUAAAUUAUAAUCUAAUAGCCCUUUUCGCUUGCUUUGUUGCAUGUGCACAAUAAAUAAUUAUUGUCCAUAUAAUCUUUAUGUACUUUAAAAGGAAAUGUCUCAUUUUUCAUUAGGAAAAAUUGCCUGUAAAUAUUAAAAAUAAAAUUUCUUCAAAAUUGAA